AGAGAGACAGAGCACAGCUCACUUUGAAGAACAAGAAGGAAUCUAGAAACACAAUUUCCCCCAUGAUUCCUACCCACCAAAUUCCCCUUUAGGGUUUCACUGCCGUUUAAGCAUGUUCAAUGGAAGAUCCCAAAAACGCCAGUAGGAAAGCAUAUACAAGAACAGGGGAAAGCAAAGAAAACAGGGGAAGGACCAAAAAAGAUAGAGCAUUCCUAAUGUCUGUAGGGGAAUUGGCCUCCACCAGUAUCGACCACAGAACAUGAACAUCUUCGUACGGGCACGACUUCACAUCAUCGUACAAAAUGUAUAUCCCUCUUCCUGCGAUGGAAACCCGAGUGGA